CUAAUGGCUGUUCCCGGGAAGGUGGCAGCUUUCCGCCUGCCUCCCCUGCCAACUGUUGGAGAGAUCAUUAAGCUCUUCCGCCUUAAAGCACAGAAACAACUUUCCCAGAACUUCCUGCUGGAUUUGCGAUUGACAGACAAGAUAGUGAGACAAGCUGGCAAGCUGAAAAAUGCCCAUGUUUGUGAAGUGGGCCCUGGGCCAGGAGGAAUUACCAGAUCCAUUCUCAGUGCUGGUGUUGAACAGCUUCUUCUAAUUGAAAAAGAUGCUCGAUUUAUCCCAGGAUUGCAGAUGUUAUCUGAAGCAGCUCCAGGAAAAGUGCGCAUUGUGCACGGAGAUAUCCUGACGUACAAGAUGGAGAAGGCUUUUCCAAAGCACUUAAAAAAGGACUGGGAGGACGAGCCACCAGAUAUCCAUAUCAUUGGGAAUCUGCCCUUCAGUGUUUCAACUCCUCUAAUCAUCAAAUGGCUUGCAAGUGUUUCGAAAAAGGAUGGACCUUUUGUAUAUGGCAGGACGCAGAUGACGUUAACUUUUCAGAAGGAAGUUGCAGAGAGGCUUACAGCUAAUCCAGGAGGAAGGCAACGUAGCAGACUGUCCAUCAUGUCUCAGCAUCUCUGCACUGUUGAAACCUGCUUCGUAAUUCCAGGUGACGCCUUUGUUCCAAAGCCAGAGGUGGAUGUGGCUGUGGUGCGUUUCACUCCGCUGGUGCAGCCAAGGAUCCAGCAGCCGUUCGAGCUCGUAGAAAAAGUGGUUCGAAGUGUUUUUCAGUUCCGAAGGAAAUACUGCUUCCGCGGAAUCGAGACCUUGUUUCCUGAAAGCGGGCGUUUGAAAAGAACGGAACAGCUGAUGAUGACAGCAAACGUUGACCCAACGCUGCGGCCGUGCCAGCUCUCCAUGUCACACUUCCGGAACCUGUGCGAUACCUACAGGACAAUGUGCGACGAGGACCCAGGCCUUUUUGUGUACGACUACAGAGAAGACCUAAAGCAAAAGAAGAAGAUGAGGAAUUUACUGAAAAGUACCAGUCAGCCCGAACAGACUGAAGAGGACAAUGAGCUGUAA